AUGGCGGAGCGCGGCCCCGGCAUUGGCCGCCGGGCACGUCGCUCCCCGGCCCGGCCGGGCGGGAGCGCGGCGUGGGGGAUGCGCACCGCGCGGAGGGGACUGGCGGGGGCCGGCGGGGACGCGGCGGGAGCGGGGCGUUCCGCGGGAGGAGCGUGGCGGAGAGACGCGGGCGCGGCGCGGGGUCGCGGCCACCCGGAGGGCGAGUGGGCGCUCCGCGGUCGGGGGCGCAGCGCCCCAGCGGGCGCGGAGGGGAGCGCAGGAGGGGUGGGCGCGGAAGUGGUGGAAAGCAGCGUCGGGUUCGCGCGUAGCGGAGGGGUAAUUCUGAAAACAAGGUCUUGGUGUGCGUUUGGGUUGGUGGUGUGGUUUGGGUUUUUUUGGGGGGCGGGGGAUGCCCCAGUGCGUGCUCGGUCUUGCUUGCGCGGGGCAGCGCGGCCGCCCGUGGUGCGAGUCGGGCCCGGAGCGGAGCGGUGGCCGUGGGGCCGCCGCCUGGCGCUGCGCAGGUUCGGAGGCAAGCGGCUGCCCCGGCCCGCCUUCGCCCGGUUCGGCCUUAUAUUUAAUACAUGCCCUUUCAUCUAUAAUUCAGGCUGCUCUGACUCCAGCCCUGUCUCGGCUCCCAUUUACGCCUGCACACCUUUCUCCUUCCCUUUCCCAAAGGGUCAGCCGAGACACUCGCCAAGGGAGGGAGAGAGCUACUCUGCUGGUUUGGGUUUUGUCUGCUUAAACAUUGAACUGGAAAAGAUUCCUCCUCUCUGUGGUUUGAUAAAUAAUAAAAGUGAUCGUUUCGCCUUCCCCAUAAAUGACACAGACAGAAGAACACUCCUGCACAGAGCUCGACAGGCCAGGUAUGCAGCAGAGGGUCGUCAGGGAGAUUGAUAAGGAUCCACAGAAGAAUUUAUGUACUGCAAUAUGUAAUUUCUGAGAGUUCUGCAGAC